AGCACUCUAUGACGUCCCUACAAACGAACAAGAAGAAGACAUACGUUUCCAGGGCUGAUAUAACUGUCCAAGCUGUCCUUCUGUCCUUCUGUCCUGGACACUACAGGAGGCGUUUUUAUGUCGGUUAAACGGAUUUACAGCAGCCUGUAAAACCGUCAGAUUUCUCCAUGUUUCCUUCCAGCAGGUGCUCCUUUCAAGUACGGAGAUGUAUACGUGCACUGAAAGCCCUUCAAACAGAGCGGGUGGCUCAGCAGGUCUACACACGGCGAUGCUCUUCUGCUUCUCUGCCACGAAUUACAUCCCAUUAUACCAUCUAUCCCCGGGACAAGGAUCCACGAUGGGAAGGUGUGGGCAUGGAGCGUUUCGCUGACGAGGCAGAUGUCGUGAUUGUGGGCGCCGGCCCUGCCGGCCUGUCCGCAGCCAUCCGACUGAAGCAGCUGGCCAAUCAGCACGAGAAGGAGCUGCGCGUGUGUGUGGUGGAGAAAGCAUCUCAGAUCGGAGCUCACACACUCUCCGGGGCCUGUUUAGAACCCAGUGCUCUUACUGAGCUCUUACCAGACUGGAAGGAGAGAGGGGCGCCACUCAACACACUGGUUACAGAGGACAGAUUUGCUAUUCUCACAGAAAAAUACAGAAUCCCUGUACCAAUACUUCCAGGUCUCCCUAUGAAUAAUCACGGGAACUACAUAGUGCGACUGGGUCACCUUGUUAAAUGGCUGGGUGAGCAGGCUGAAGAACUCGGGGUCGAGCUGUAUCCAGGCUAUGCUGCAGCCGAGGUGCUGUUUCAUGAGGACAGGAGCGUGAAGGGAAUCGCCACCAACGACGUCGGUAUCGCCAAAGACGGCUCUCCUAAGGACGUGUUUGAACGAGGCAUGGAGCUCCACGCUAAGGUCACUCUGUUUGGAGAAGGAUGUCACGGUCACCUCUCCAAACAACUCUACAGACAGUUCAACCUGAGGGAGAACUGCCAACCACAGACCUACGCCAUCGGCCUUAAAGAGCUGUGGAUUAUUGAUGAAAAGAAUUGGCGCCCGGGUCGGGUGGAGCACUCUGUGGGUUGGCCUCUGAACAGAAACACGUACGGAGGCACUUUUCUAUACCACCUGAACGAAGGAGAGCCGCUGGUGGCCCUGGGCUUAGUAGUGGGUUUGGACUACACUAACCCGUACCUAAAUCCGUUUCGAGAAUUCCAGCGCUGGAAGCAUCACCCAUCCGUGGCUCCGACCCUGGAGGGAGGAAACAGGAUCGCGUACGGCGCCAGAGCUCUAAACGAAGGAGGUUUCCAGUCUAUACCCAAGCUAACGUUCCCCGGCGGCGCUCUGAUCGGCUGCAGCCCAGGCUUCAUGAACGUCCCCAAGAUCAAGGGGACGCACACGGCCAUGAAGAGCGGCAUGCUGGCAGCGGAGGCCAUCUUUAACAAACUGACAGACGAGAACCUGGAGUCGGAGACGGCAGGUAUCCAUGCUCCUGAGUAUGAGGAAAAUUUGAAGAACUCCUGGGUCUGGAAGGAGCUGUACUCUGUGCGGAACAUUCGCCCGUCGUUCCACAAUUAUUUCGGGCUGUACGGAGGAAUGCUGUACACUGGGAUCUUCUACUGGAUACUGAGGGGGAAAGAGCCAUGGACACUAAAACACUGCGGUACGGACUUCGCCCAGUUGAAGCCAGCAAAAGACUGCACACCCAUCGAGUACCCAAAGCCUGAUGGGAAAAUCAGCUUUGAUCUCCUCUCUUCGGUGGCGUUGAGCGGGACCAAUCACGAGCACAACCAGCCUCCUCACCUCACACUGAAGAACGACGCCGUUCCCGUAGCUCAGAAUCUCGCCAUCUACGAUGGUCCUGAACAGAGGUUUUGUCCGGCAGGUGUGUACGAGUUCGUCCCACUGGAGUCAGGUGACGGUAUGAGGCUACAGAUCAACGCUCAAAACUGCGUGCACUGUAAGACAUGCGACAUUAAAGACCCCAGCCAGAACAUCAACUGGGUCGUUCCCGAGGGCAGUGGAGGACCCGCUUACAACGGCAUGUGAUCACGCGUUCUGUUUCAUUAAUGUUUUAUUUAGACACGUCUAUUUUCAGUGUGCCUACAGAUCAGAUGUCCAUUAUUAAAGGAACUGUGUGUAAUUAUUAUUA